UGAGCGGGAGCGACAGAGGCGCCGCUGUGGCGUAGGGGGAAAAACACCGCUAACUGAGCACAGGACGUCUUUUAUUAUUGUAUAUAUUUGUGUGUGUGUGUGUGCGUGUGUGUGUGGCUUUUAUGCUCACGCAGCUUUAUCUGCAAUGCCAACACGACCGAAGCAUCUCUUCUAUGAGCACGGGGUCAUUAGAUAGGUGAGAUUACUCGUCUUUCCACAUCCAGCUGUCACCAUCGCAGCAGAGGACAGUAUUUUAUUUUUUAAAUUUUUUUCCGGAGGAGACGACUCAGCUCGAGGAGAGGAGGCCUCUCAUUCAGGACAGUAGGCUCCGAUUUCAGUGAUCCGAUUAAGGAUCAUUAUUUUUAGACCAUUAGACUGGUCUUUAUUAAAUAUUAGUAGCGUGUAGCCUGCAAGAGGUAGCCAUUUGAUUCUCAUCGUUAGAGCAUGCAAAUUAAUUAUAUAUGCACUGGCAUGUAAAUGUAUUGUAGACGUUGAGUCAGUAGCUGGCAUGUUGCACAUUAUAUAAAUAUUACUAAUAGUGCUGUCUGUAAUUUGCCAACAUAAGAGCAGAGCAUGUGGCCCCGGGCAGGUCUAAUGAUUGCUCUGUGCAUCUCACAUUAGGACCUCAGGGAACAAGAUAAUCACAUCUCAGGGUGUCGUUGAUCUGGGGAGCACUGUGAGUCACCAGAUAUCUGGAUAGUCUCAUGUGCUACUUGAUAAUUAAAAGCAGAAAGCCAACUGUUUGAAUGCAUCAGAACAAUAGAGAUAAACUGGGGGGGCUGUCUCAAAAGCAGCAAUAAUUUGUGGCAAUAAAUCUUGUAACGGACAGGAAACUGUUGCUGGCUUGAGCCAAAGAACUGAGACACAAACAGUAGUCCCACAGGCCUGGUAGGUGUGUAAAGGAAGGUCUUAUAGACAGAUGUAUUUUUGCACUUUACAAUGCAUGAUUAGCUGCAAGUUACCUUACUGACGCACAGCUUUUUAAAUUUACAGAUAAGCUCCAAUCUUCUUAAAAUAUAGAAGACAAACCUUUGCAAAUAUCCUUUCAGUUUUUACACACUCGGAGGUGCUUGGUUUAUGAGUUUCAUACCAGUCUUAUAAAGCUUCAACAGCCUUUUUUUGGAGCUCCAUUCUGGGAGUGUUAGUGUUAAAGUUUUGAGGAUCCUUGUCCAACAAAAACAUCUGCUCCAACAUCCGGUGAAUAUGGCAGCAUCAGACCUACUGCUCCUCUCUCUGCUCUGCAUGCUGUUCGUGAACCAGUGUCAUGGGGCCUGUGCGGAGGUGGACUCUGACACAGAGGCAGUGGCAGGCCGUGGCUUCAAACUGGGCUGCAUUUCCUGCAAGAGGAGGAGUGAGGUGGACGGCGCUGCCACCGUCGAAUGGUACUUCAGGGCCAAAGGAGAGGCUGACUUUGUUCGAAUCUACACCUACAACGAGGACGGCCCCACAAUCGAACACGACCACUUCAUGGACCGCGUGGAUUGGAACGGAAGCAAAAGGAGCAACGACAUCCAGGACGCAUCCAUAUACCUGCUCAACGUCACCUUCAAUGACACGGGCACAUACCGCUGCUUCUUCAACCGCAUCCUCUUCUACGAGAACUACGAGUACAACACCGUCGUCAGCAAGGUGGUCCACCUCAGUGUGGUGGCUAAAGCCACCAGAGGAACAGCUUCCAUCGUGUCAGAGGUCAUGAUGUACGUGUCCAUCAUCGGCCUGCAGCUCUGGCUCCUCAUAGAGAUGAUAUACUGCUACAGAAAGAUAGCAGCAGCCGGGGAGGAGGCAUUACGAGAAGCCGCAAAUGCUGAAUAUUUAGCGAUAGCCUCAGAAAGUAAAGACAACUGUGCAGGUGUGCAGGUCGGAGAAUAGCACAGGCUUCCUCCAUGGACUGAAAACAUCCUUCCACCCUCUGACCUGCAUGAAGACCACUCGGGGAGAAAACUCCUCUUCAUCUCAAGUCUCUAUUUUACCUUCUCCUCAACAAAGAUCUCAAAUGGAUAUGACACACAAAGAGAGCAUGGUACCAGCACUGUAUAUAGUAUUCUGCGCGCAAAAGCAUGUUCUGCACUUAUAUGAGAAACCAUUAUGCAUUAAUGAGCCACAUUGUCAAAAGCAUAUACAAUACAUAGAGUAUUUCUUAAAGGCAUAUGUAGUCAUACAUUUAUAUAAAAUCGUAAGUGGUACUAUGGGGGUCUGUUGGACUCCGUGAGGCUGACUGUGAAAGAAAGGUUUUUACUAAAUCAUCACCACCUAAUGUAUAAAUAAUGAGACACACAAUAUGUACGGUAAAGUUGUUUAUAAAAUAGAAUGUGGAUUAUGAUAGACGGUCUUUCCAGUUGCUAGUUGUGCACUGAAACCUUAAGAUGUACUAAUAAAAACUGAAAAUACA